GUCUCUCUAUAGUCUUAAUUUGAGUUCUGAGUCACAUUCAUGGCUUUUAUCUGAAAAUGUCGACCCUCGAGAAGCUAUUCGUCCAGAUUUUUGAGCGAAAGGAGUGGAUCAUCGAUCAGGUCAAGCAGCAGAGAGAUUUAUAUGAGGAGCAACUCGCUUCGAAACUAUUAAUUAAUGGAAUUCGCCCUCCUCCGUGGCUGUGGAAUGCUGGAACAGAGAGAGGAACUGUAGUUUCCACAGAGCUGAAUAAACAAGACCUAAUCUCGAGCCUCCUAAUUCCAUCUCUACGACCCAAGGUCCCUUCUACUAGUGGUAACUGCACUUUUUACAGCAAGCCAGCUGCUAUAUCAGAUAAUGGACAUACUUCAGACAGCUUAUUUUUGGAAACUUGUGCUUCCAACAAAUAUUUUGAGGCAGAGGGCAGGUUGGCCAUAGUACCUAAAUGCCAUCUUAAUGACAAUGAGCUUGAACAGAGGUGUACCUUAGACGAGGCUUGUGAGCUAGGUCCUACAAUCACUUCUCCUCAAGGCCAGACAAGUGCAAGGAUCUCUGAUAAUUACUUUGAACCAGGUCAAUCACUGGGAAGGAUCCAAAGGUCCAGGUCAAGACAAAAUGCUCUAGAACUUCGAAAUUCUGCAAAAACAGAAGCAGAAAGGCGUUCAAGCAAGGAAGGUACUCAUAGUGUUUAUUCUGGUAGAGUUACAAGGUCUAGAACUGCUUGCCAACAGUCCAACAGUGUCAACAAGUUGCUGGAAUUGAAUAAGGCUUCUGAUGUUGCUAAUGAUAUUGGUAGUGGGGUUGCAAUAGCAAAGACAGAGAAGUGUCAAAGCAGUGGAGAUGACUCCAGUGUUCAUUCUGGUAGACUUAUCUCUAAUAAAGAUACGUCCAGAAAUACAGCAUCUAGUAAUCUGGAGUUCAAUUACCCUAAAGGGUUCUCAGAAGCUAAUGGCUCAAAAAUUCUCAGUGAUAGAGGUACAUGGUUUAGAGGUGACCUCAAAGAAGCACCAGAUGCUCAAGUUGAUAUCUUGCCAUGUAGUGAUGUCAGUGGUAUUGUCAACCAGGAAAAAUGGAACAUUGACGUUGCAGAAACUGAGAUUGUUUUAAAUGGGCCAGCCGAAGCCUGUCCUAUUCUACAAUUUAAUUGUGCCAGAGGAUUCACACAAUCUAAUAACUCCUCAAAAGUAGCCAGCGGUAGAGUUACACGGUCUAAAUAUGCCACCCCUGAUAAACCUUGUCAACUUGCAGAACCAUUGAAGUGUGUUGAAGGAGACGACCUCCAGAAAGCAUCAGAAGCUCUAGUCGGUAUCCUGCCAUGUAAAGACGUCCCUGGUAUUGUCAAUGAGGAAAACAGCAUUGUAGGAAUGGAGCAUGUUUCAAGUGAGCCAGCUCAACCCUGUUCUAUUCAUUCCCAGUCUAACAUCCAUGGUGCUAGCCAUAUAGAUGGGUUGGAAUUGUUACUCACAAGGCUACCCUCUGAGAGUGGUCCGCUUUUGGAGCCAAAGCAGCUUGUCUUUGAUGGUGUAGAUGUAUACAAUUUGAAUGAGGGUGUUGAUCCAAUGGGAAAGGAGAUUCAAGGGAAAUCGUUAGAAAUAAGAUCCUUUUCUUCAUCGGUGCCUGCUGAACCUUUUGAAAAGGUAGACAUUACUAAAUUAAGUGAGUCUAUUAUAGCAAAGAUAUCCAUUAUUUCAGGGAAAACCAAGAAGAAUUCGGUUGAAUGUUCAUGGCCUAAGUCUAAGCGGAGAAAAGUUGAGGGUCGAUCAAGUAAUGCCUUUACUGCUUCUGGAAGGUUAAUGAGGGGUAAAGCACUGCAGGAGAUUCACGAGGAGACUGAUAAUAGAUACCUGGAAAUUGUAGAAAAUGGGUUUGAGGCUGUCCCAGAGGUUCAGCAUUUCCCUCCUCAUGAAAUGGAUGUUGCUCAACCCAGUUCUGUGGAGAGCUCUGUUGUUGAAAUGCCUUUUCAGAAAGUGGAGUGUUUGGAAUCUCCAACCAAGUUGCAAGUCAAAGAGGGUGAGCUUGUCUCAGAAGGGAGGGAUCAAAGUGCGGAGUCAGCCUUGACAUGUAAUGACAAACAAGUGGAGUCUUCUCUUGAAGACUGUGGUUCACUUCCACAUUGUCUGGUUGGCUCCCCACUAACUAAGUAUGUUGACUUGAUCGGUGCUGAUCAAACCAUGCCUGAAUUUGAGGGAUUCAGUAUCGGUGAACCUACAGAAAAUGAUCUGCCAUGCGUUGCCAAAAAUGAAAUUGACUUUGAUCAUUCAGAUCUGCUAAGCACCUCAAUCGGACAGAUUAAGAUUCUGGAGCAGUUAUACAGAUCUUCUAAAAUGCUUACGCCACUACCACAUGCUUCAACAAAAUAUAAAGUGCAUAAAACACCAGACAUAUACCAGUCUUUACCUAAUGGACUUCUGGAGCACAUGGACAUGAGGAACUCGCUGCUCUUUAAUGCAAAUGAAAGUAAGCAAGCCAAGUGCAGAUACGAUGGGAUAAUUGAGGAAGUUUUCCGCCCUUUUCUGGGGAGGUCAUACUCUGAUUGCAUGUCAUCUUCUAGUGUUGGAUUUAGUUGGGAUGUUAGAAGACCACCUUGUACACCUCCAGUUGGAAAGCUCUGUCAGAGAAAUACUUCAAAAGCCUCCAAUGAUAGUUUGGAGAAGAAAGAGAGUAUAAAUCCAGAGCUUACUUGCUUUAGGAUUGAGGAAGAUCCCAGCAUUUGUGAGGAAAGCGGGGAUGCAGAUGAGAUGGUUGAUCCGGUCCAGGAAAGACAUCAGUCAGGAGGGAAGAAUUGCUUGGCUAUAAGAGAACCACUUACCGAUGUGACUAAUGAAUGUCUUAACCCUUCUGCAUCUGUUUCUUUGACUGAUAAGUUUGUUGAAAGAGGUAGCCUAGAAUCUGUGAAUGCAGGUUUUAAUAUCAGUCAGACCCAAAUGGAUUCCAAACAGAAGCUUAAAAGUUGCUAUGGAACUCAGAGAAAAUAUAAGAACAAAUAUAAGGAGAAUCAAUGUGCUUCGCUAGGUGGCAGUGGUGCUUGGAAGGCUACUGAGUCUCUUAAAAAUAAGUUUAGCAAGCCAAAAUUAUCAGGGAAAGUAAGUGAAGGAAAAGGAGGUCAGAGUUUAUUGAAGAAGGGGAAUAAAGUAAACAAUAUUGUGUCCAACAUCUCAUCAUUUGUACCAUUUGUCGAACAAAAACGACCAGCUGGAGCUUUUACAGGAAAGAGGGAUAUUAAAGUGAAAGCCCUGGAGGCUGCUGAGGCUGUGAAACAUCUUGAAGCAAAAAGAGAGAAUGAGCGUAAAAUGAAGAAAGAAGCAGCGAAGCUUGAGCGAGCAAGAUUGGAGCAGGAAAAUAUGAGGCAACUAGAACUGAAACAGAAAAAGAAAGAAGAGGAACAGAAGAAGGAAGCUGACUUGGCUGCAAGGAAAAGGUUGAGGGAAGAAGAAGAAAGGAAGGACAAGGAAAGAAAACGCAAGUGUAUUGAAGAAACAAGGAGGCAGCAGAGAGAAUACGAGGAACGAUUACGACUGGAAAAAGAGGAAAAAGAGAUAAGGCGCCGAGCUGCAGAUGAGAGACAGCGCAAGGGAAAUGAGCAGGCAGAUGAAGCAAGAAAGCUUCAGAAAAUGGGAAAAGGCAGGGAAGAAUCUGACUGUAGGAAAAAGACCGACACAGAACUGACUGCCAUGGUUUCCGCAUGUGAUACCAGAAAAGCUAGUGAUUUUCAUCAAGUUUGUCAGGCUCCAAAGGAGUCUAGUGAAAUUGAAAAGGAAAUUUGCAACCCAUAUAAGGCACAUGAAGAUGUCAUCUCAGUUACUGAAGGAAGCCUGGAGCAGUCAUAUGCAAUUUCUCCAUACCAAGAUUCAGAUGGUGAAGAGGAAGAUGAGGAUGACAUCCCCAAUCAGAAAUUUAUCCCUUCAUGGGCCAGUGAAAAUUGUCUCGCUCAACUAUUACCCACCUUAAAAAAAAUAGAUCCAGAUGCAAUUUUCCCCUCAUCAGGCUUUUGCAGUAUAGCAGAAGUUCUUUUGCCUCGAAAGCCACAGCUGAGAUAGGUGGCAAUUUUUAUAAGCUGGAGAGUUGCCUGCAUUAUGCACACAAGAGUGUUAUAGCCACUGGGGAGAGUGCUUGUUAUGUACAAAUGAAGAGGUAUUUUCCUAGUGCAAUACAAGUUAUUGGAACUAAAUUGGAUAUUGGACUCUUGAGUUAGGUUGCUCGAGUUUGAUCAAUGGGCCAACGGAGUGAACCCAAUUAUAUUGUUGAUA